AUCACCUUAUCCGUUUCUGAACCUCAGAACCAAAAGCGAGCGCAUUAAGGGCACCAACGCGGAUAACUUCCCUUCCAACCUCAGAAAAACGAUCUCCCUACCGGCUACUGUCCUCUCCUCUCGGCGACACUACUCCAGACGUACCGCACUCCAUUCAGCUUCGCCAUGGCCACGCUCGCCAGGCACCUCAUCCUGUGCUCCUCCUCGCCAUCGCAGCGCCGCCGGCGCCCCCUGCCGCCCGACGCCACCGCGGGCACGCAGCAGCAGCAGCAGCAGCAGGCGCCGCCGCCGCAGCCGUCCACCACGCGCCGCCUGGCGGUGGCCGCGUCCGCGGCGCUGGCGGCCACGGCCGCGCUGUCCGCGCGCCGGCCCGCGCCGCCCCCGCCCGCGAUGGCCGCCGAGGCGGCCGUGCCGCCCGCGCCGCCGACACCGGCGUCCCCCGGGACCGUGCCGCGCUGGGGCACCAGGUCCUACGUGCGCGAGCGGUUCUUCGAGCCCGAGCUCACCGCGGAGGAGGCGGCCGCGCGCAUCCGCCAGACCGCCGAGGGCAUGCGCACGCUGCGGCCCAUGCUCGAGACCAUGUCCUGGAAGUACGUGCUCUUCUACGUGCGCCUCAAGUCCAAGUACCUCGGCCUCGACCUCACCACCGCCAUGGCCGGCGUCCCCGCGGGCCGCCGCGCUGACUACGUCCGCGUCGCCAACGAGCUCGUCGACAACAUGACGGAGUUCGAUCGCUUCGUGCGGACUCCCAAGGUCUACGAGUCCUACCUCUUCUACGAGAAAACGUUGAAGUCGCUGGAUGACGUGGCAGAGUUCCUCGUUUGAUGUACAUAAUAUAAUACAAUAUAAAGUAGUUGUAUGAAAUAUGUACUCCGUGCGUCUAAGAAUGAAAUUAUAGAAGUUAUGCCAGCCAAACUAUUUUAAGUUUGGCCAAAGUUUUAAUAAACAAUAUUAACAUUUAUGGCUCUAAUAAAUCUAAUAUCGUGAAUAUUGAUUUUUUUAAA